UUGCCCUGGCAGGGGUACGGAGUCGGGGGUAGGUGGGGGUCGGCAGCUCGCCGAGAUAUAAACUGGGCAGGAUGUGGGGCAUGAACGCACGCCGUCGUACACUCCGCUCGGAACUCUCCAGCUCUCUCUUGGUUUAGUCGAUUACGAGAGAGGAGAGCAAAUGCGCGCGGGGCGACCCGAGAUUAUAGGGCACAUUGCAUCGGGGGUGGAGGACACCUGGGCCUUGCUGUGGUAGUGGGGAGGGGGGCGGAUAGCAUCAUUGUCGUGAUUCCCGGCGUGAUGAAGGUCCCGAGAGCGGCGUGCUGGCUCGUGCUGCUGCAUGGGGCACUGCUCCUCCUCGGGACGGGAUGCCGCGGAUCGGAGCCCGCGGAGACGCUCUGCGCGGGGGACGCGUGCUACGCGCUGCAGUUCGGCAAGAGAGACUUCGACGAGGCCCAGGAGUUCUGCGGGCAAGGGGGCAGCUUGACCACGGCGAGGAGCCCGGAGGAGGCCGCGAUGCUGGAGACUCUCAUCUCGAGUUUCGAGGCCAAGAGACCGACGCCUUCGCCGCAGGGAAAGAAGAUGCCCAAAACCAAGGUGUGGAUGGGACUGCGCAGGAGGAGGAGGCAGUGCGUCGCUCCCAAGAAGGCGCUGCGAGGCUUCUCGUGGGUGAGCGGUGACGACUCGGGGAGCUACUCCAACUGGGCAAAGGAGCCGGUGGAGUCAUGCACGGCAGAGCGGUGCGUGGUGCUCUCCUACCGCUUCUACGUCGUGCGCAAAACCGGCGAGGUCGACCUCAAGUGGGAGGAAGGCAACUGCAACGCGCAGACCGAGUUCAUCUGCAAGUACACGUACGCGCACAUGUGCCCGCGGCUGGCGCUGCUGGGGCCCGGCCACGCCGUCUACACGACGCCCUUCGGGGCCACCAGCUCGCAGCACUUUCUAGUGCCGGAGGGCUCCACGGCCGAGGUCUACUGCGACCACACGGACCCAGGCAGCAGCGCGACCUCGCGCUCCGUGUCCACGUGCGAGAGUCACGGAUGGUCGACGCCAAGCGUGUCGUGUCCUCCGCCGGCGGAGCCGUCCGCGGGGUGUGGAGCCAACAACGGCGGCUGCGACCACAUCUGCAGACCGGGGUCACAGGGAGAUGGCGGCGGGGGUCACCGCUGCCAGUGCAUCCCUGGCUUCAACCUCGGCCCGGACGGGCGCACCUGCGUGUCCCCGGCCGUAGCCACGGACCCGUGCCUCUCGAGCCCGUGCUCGCACGAGUGCGUGCCUGGCGGGCCCGGCGAGGGCUACGCGUGCGCGUGCCCGCCGGGGUACGAACUCGACUCGGGGUCACGCGCGUGCGUCGACGUGGACGAGUGCUCCCCGGAGCGGCCGUGGUCUCCGUGCGAGAUGCUGUGCGCCAACACGCCGGGCUCGUUCGAGUGCUCGUGCGUGGAGGGCUUCGCGGUGGACCCGGACAACGCGCGCGGCUGCGUGCUUAGGGACGCGUGCAGCCUGCGCAACUGCGAGCACGGCUGCGAGCCGGGCGACGUCGGGGGCGACGCGGAGUGCCGCUGCGACCCCGGCUACGAGCUGGGCGAGGACGGGGAGAGCUGCAGCGACGUGGACGAAUGCGAGCUCGGCCUGUGCGACCAGCUGUGCGAGAACGCGCCGGCUGGCAACUUCACCUGCGACUGCAGCCAGGGCUACUUCCUGGGCGAGGACGGCAGCAGCUGCUUCCUGGCCACGGAGAGCGCGGACUACGACCAGAUGCUCAAAGACUUGGGCAAACUCUACGAGGACCGUUCGGAGGCGGCGGUCGUCGGAGGCGCCGCGACCUCCGCGCCGGGGUCGCUUCCAACGACGUGGGGCGACGAGCGACCGCGCUCCGUCGCGAGCCAGGACACCGCCUCCUCGGUGCCGCCGCCAACAACUUCCCGCUCGCGUCUGGACGUCCUGGGGCAGAGAGAAGAGGGCGACGCGUCGAGCGGGCACGGCGUCGCGGACAGCACGUGGCUGACCGUGGCGACAGUGGUGGCGGUCGUGGUCAUCCUGCUGGCGGUGAUCAUCUCGAUUUUGGCCGCGUGCCGCCGCCGCUACCACCGCCGCCGCCGCCAACGCGAGCGGGUGCAGAGCAAGCAGUCGUUGGACGAGCUCUGGAUGGCGGUGCCUAAUCCCGCACAGUCGAAGCCAGCGCCAGUCGCGUCGGCGUCGGCGGGGGCAGUGAGCAGCCCGACGCGCGUCAGAGACUCCGAGAACGGGGCGCGGGCUCCGAGCCAGGCUGACGAUCAGAGCCGGGGCCGCGAGCUGGCUGGGCAGCGAGAGCUUUCAGACCGCUCGCUCGUCGAGGUCAAUGGGGGCGGCCACGUCGGCCACGUCACUAACGCCCUCUCCGAAAUCUUGAACGAGGACGGCGGAGGCGAAGUUGUUGUCGUCGAUUAGAGGUUUACAACCUCGGCGGUAAACGCACGCGUCCGUGUCCUCCGUAACGAAACGAAAAGAGCACGUUUUAUUUGCAGGCAGCAGAUGUGGGUCAAAUAUACAAGGGCUUAAUUCAGCCGGAGCUGUCCAAGGUUGAGCUCCGGAAAAUACAACCCUACCCACUCCUGCCCUCCUCUCGGGGGGUGGGGUGGGGGGCAGGGGGGGGGGGGUGCUGGAAACAUGUUCAGUGACAAAUUAAGCCCUGGUCACACAAAUGUGUGUGUUUGUGUACGCUCGCACAGGACAACACUUGUCGAAUUCAGUGUGUGUACAAAGAACAAGAGUAUGUGUGUUUGCGCGCGUUACCUCGCGGUUUGAAUGUAAAGCAGAUGGCGCUGUGAAACACGUGCGCGUCGCACGUUCUACAAUAAACACACGCAAGCCCCGUGUCUCAGCGCUGAUAA